CCUGACGGGAUUGUAGCUUUCCCAGCGUUAUCCCGACGAUCUCUCGGACAUCGUGAGAGCCCCCAGUAGCCUUACUUGAUUUCGAGACAAGACAUUUUUAUUUAUUUGUCAGUUCACUAGCGCUGCUCGGCUAUCGACGAUGUCUUCAACUAAUUUACCGUUAAGUGUUAGCUGGUCAAAGUUGCUCAGCCGUUAGCUCUUAGUUCAGUUAGCAAGUCCAUGUCUUUCUAGCACACAAGCCAGCUAAUGUCUUGUGCAGCCGCUGUCUUUGAACGGUUGUCAGCACCAUCCACGGGACAGCGGGCAUCCUUCACCCCCGGCCGUCUGAUGGAAGGGUGAGGGGAACGAUGCUGAGAUUCCUCCACAUCCUUUUAACGGGCUUGUUAGGUGUUCUGUGGGAUGGAGUUGAUGCCUUUGGUGGGGUCAGACUAGUAGAUGGGGAGAACAAGUGCUCUGGGAGAGUUGAGGUCCUCCGCCAUGACCAGUGGGGGACGGUUUGUGAUCAUGGCUGGGACCUCCAGGAGGCUGAUGUGGUGUGCCUGGAGCUGGGCUGUGGCUUAGCUGAAUCUGCCCUUCGUGGUGCAGCAUUUGGGGAAGGCAGAGGAGAGAUCUGGCUCCGGCAUGUCCAGUGCACUGGACAUGAGUCGAGUUUGACACGCUGUGCUGUUGUCCUCCACAGUAACUCCUAUUGCACCCAUGAGAACGAUGCAGGGGUGAAAUGCUCAGGGACCCUUUUAACGCCCACCCUCACCCUGCUGUCACCUCACACUGUGUUCACACCCGGGGAGGCUGUUCGCUUCGGCUGCAGUGUUCCACUGGCUCACCACCUCAGUGACUUCCACCUCUACAAGCAGGGAGUGUCCACGCCGCUGGUUACGCAGAGGGCAGACCAGACCCAGGCCAUAGUGGAGCUCACUCUGUCCGACAUAGAGACUUUCCACCAGGGCAGCUACAGUUGUCGGUACAGGAUCAAGGGCGGCCUCUCUUCUCAGCUGCUUAGCUCUCCACCCAGCAACUCCAUCAACAUCACCGUGGUGGAACUCUUGACUCCCCAACACUGGUUCAACACGUCCACUGAGGCCCCGGCUGGUUCCGUCAUUAAAGGCCACAGUUUUAACAUCACCUGCUCUACCCAGCAGCAGUACCCUGGAGGUUCCUUCCAGCUGCGCCUGAUCCGCUCCAAUGGCACAGUGCGCCAGUCCCUGCCUGCCCUCACCCCGUCCGUCACUUUCACAUUUCCCAACGCCCAGAGCUCCAAUGAGGGCUACUACUACUGCCUGUAUAGGGUCCAGCUGGGUGGACGCACCUUUGUCUCCAGAGAAAGCCAGCCCCUGCCUAUAGCCAUAAGAGACCCAGAUCCAGUACUGAGUCCAGUGGUGAUCAGCUGGCUUGUGUCCGUCCUGACGUUUGUAGUAGCUGUCAUUGUUAUAAUCAUUGUGGCCAAGGUGCUGUGUAACAAGGAGAAGAAGCCCUCUGAGCUGGAGCGAGAGACCAGAACCUGUGUGGACAACACUUAUGUUGCCUUAUCAGUUAACAAGCUAUGAUGGUGUAUGCAGGCAGCAGCAGAAUGAACGAGUAAGUGGAAAGUCAGAAGGCUCACACUGUGUCCGACAUCCCUUCAGAAGGCAGGGGACGUAACACAUCAGCUUGGUUGGUCAUCCACCUUUGGAGGAGGCACCAGCUGGAUCAAGUUCAGUCUGGAUGAGGCACAGUUUUCACUGGACACUGACAGAGACCUAAGACUGUGCUGCAGUUUUCUUUCAUAGUAAACUUCAGGGUGGUGUCGCUGCAGGGAAACAAUAGAUGUUAUUCAUUCUUAAGCAUUGUGUUUUAGUGAGAUGUGGGCUAACGGCCUCAGAAGACUGACAGAGAGCAGAAACUAUUUCCAGUUCUAAGUCGGUGAUGGUUCAGGCUUGACUUCACAUUCAUUCAGACUGGGCUACUGCCAUGGCCUCAGAUGUAUGAAGUGGAAAACUGCUACUAAAAGCUGAACUGGGGAAACUGUGACAUGGGUUCCUCAGGUCUCCGUGUAUAUGCAGUUCAAAAAUAUUGUUUUGUAUUUAUUACCGGGUAACACUAACGACAGGCUCCACUAGCUUAUUAUGUACUUGCUUCCACAGAUGACAAUGAUCCUUAAAGCUUAAAAGAUUGAAGAUUACAGGAUGUUUUUGUAUUUUAAGUCUAACCCUACUAUGCAUCAUACAUCAUUAACAUGUACGUUACUGCAAUUAGUGUGUAAGUAGAAAUUAGGUGAUUAAAAUGUUGUUGGAG